AUGCCGAUAAUUCCCAUACCCGUUCGAACCCGCCACCAGCAACGCCCACCUGGUACCGUUCUCCUCCUCUUCACGGCCGCCCACCGGCCACCGGAUAAUGGGAUCCCACGGUCUCAGCCGCCUACCACCUGCGGCUGCAAUUUGCGCCGCCGCCGCUGCCGCCACAAUCAGCACCAGAAUCGCAAAAUGGGAGGAGGCCAUUAUGAGAAAACGCGCAAAGCGAUAGGCGUUAGAGCGAGUAAUUGUUGUUUACUCGGGACUCGUUGCCGGGUGCCGGCAGCCAUGCAAAUUAGGGGAUCGACACCUGUGCGGGUGGUGUGGCGGUGGUGGGCCCAUAGCUGGAGAGCGAUCAACAGCCUUUUGUUUUCUCUGCAAAACCCUAGCCCCAAUAGAACUUUGUUGGACAGCAAUAUCCACCAGUUCAGAAGGUAUAAGUCUAGACUCCUCUGGUAUAGUUUUCAGAGAUUGGAAACUAUUAGAGUUCUUGCCCCCAAUAGGGUCAAGGCUACUCUCAUCCAUGGAACUCCCUCCUAA